AUGAGCGACCCAGGGCCAACAACGACCAGUCAAGUCACCCAGACUGUACUAUCUACCUUAUUUUCAGUAUUCGAAGCAUACACAGUCGCUCAUCGAACCUUGUCAGCGCCUUACCUACAUCCUUACGCUCCCAUCGCUCCCAUUUCUCGCAAAGGCAAAUCUCGAGCGCUCGCCCUUCCUGAUAGACAGAGCCAGAUCGAUGCUCUGACUCAGAUCAGACAAUCGCUAUAUGAUGCAAGAUCUGUCCUCUCCGCGCAGGAUUCCCCCGACAGGACACGUCUGGCCAGAGGGUUGAAAGAAGUGGCCACUCAUCAAUCUUCCCUUCUUCCCAUGUCUGUCCUGAUGGGAUUGUCGGAAGACACACGAGAGAUACUUCCGUCUCCUUUGGUCAGACAAGAGCCAAUUCGACUUCUCACAUCUCUAGCUGAACGACUGGGGAUUCAAGGAUACAUUGAAGAAUCACAAUUCGGUCUUUUGAAAACCUCCCUCGCUCUCGCAGGCGAACGUUUCGUAGUUGAUGUCGAUCUAGAGACGGACCCUUCACCAGGAGACGAUAACGCGGACAAUGAUGAUGAGGAAGAACUACUCACAGCGGUCAUAGAAGGCGAGAAAUUGGAGGGAAGAGGAAGAGUACGGCUGAGCAAGCUCAACGCCACUUAUGUAGCUAGGGGCGGGGAUACCAUCAAGUCGGACUGGAUAGCUCAGGUAUUAAAGGAGAGGAUGAUACGAUAUUUGGACCAAUGGAAUGUUCCUGCUCCGAGUAUAUUGCAAGAGGGAGAGAGGGAGAGGAAGUUGGAAGAAUUAAAGAAGGGUAUGGAGGAGGCUCUUGGAGAGUUGAAAGCUUUAGAUGACGCUGAGCCGGGGAACAAAGAGGGGACAGAAGGCUCAUUGGAGAAGGGUCACCCAGCAAUGGAUUAUUUCCCGGAAUUAGAGGUCAUCGCCAAACAGGUCAGCCAAUGGGUCAAAGGUGGGGUGGUAUAUCCUCCUGACAAGGGCCAUACUCUAUUUCCAACAUUCAGACUUCUUGACGAUGACGAGCCUACAAACCCUACAUUCCGUAUACGCCCUUUGGGUAGAUACGAACCCAAAUCUCCUCCACUACUACCAGGUGAAACGUGGCUCAAAGGUGACUGGAUCCUCGAAUUUGUCCCGUCUCCAUCAGCUCCGAAUCCUCAAUGGCCCGGUUUCGUUGUCCGUCGGAAUUGGCUUCAUCCUACACAUUCGGAAGCCCAGGAAGGGACAAAUGAUGGAGUCCGAUCGACUGAGUCUGCUCAAGGUUGGACGGGAGGUGUGACAGUAGAGAAGUUACUUUACCCUCUCGAUCCAUCCUGGUCUUUUCCUUACUCGGCCACAUUUUCACAUCCUAAUUCCCAACCUCGGAACCUACUCAAAGAAGAUGAGCUGGACCACGAAAUGAUAUCACAAACCCAGCCAGGAAACGAGAUUGAACAACACUGGUCUCUCAUGUUUCCUGGUCCUGAAGCUUUCUUACUCGGUCGACUGCCCAUACCCUCAUUGUCCGACUUAGUAUCCCUUCUAGGUCUUUUGAGAAGACAAGCGGUGCUGAAUCAGUUAUUUUGCGGAAUCUUCGAUCCCCGAUAUAGACGACCUCUCUCUUCUCCACUCAUCGAGGAGCCAGACGGUGAGACCAGAAUGGAGGUGGAAAGUGGAGAUCGUCUCAUGGAAGAGAUAGAUGAUGAUGAUUUGGACGAGCUGCUUGGACCUGCGUCAAGGGUGAUGAGUGCGCGUGCGCUACCCAUCACGGUCAGGCACGGUCAGGAUGAGAUCACAGUGUCUUUCCCUAUGCCUACAGGAACAAAUGAGGACGAAGAGACGACACGAAGCAUGAAUCUCACUUUCCGGCCCUCGGAAGACGGACCGUAUGUCUCCACAAGUUGGGAUUGUCCAAGGGUAUCCCAAGUGGAAGAAGAGAGGUUGCGUCAGGCAUUGACGGGAGGUUGUAGAGGAAUGAGUGGGGUAGACAGGAGAACGGAGGACGCCGUAGCGGGAUUAGUGAGACGGGGACGGGAACGGGUAGGUGGAGUACGGGAACGGUGGGCAACUAUGGGGAACCAAUCCCUCUUGAAUUGGAAACAAGAGACCGUUCAAUGGGCUUUUGAUACACAGUUUGCGCGUUAUCGACCUGCUGUUCAACAGUUGGCGCCACAAUACCUUGCAACCUGUGCCAAGUGCUGUUUGCCAUGUCUGCAAAGGAGAGGUUUAUAUGCCUGGAGCCAUGAAUUGAAACAGGCAUUGAAUGCACUGCAAAAUGGGCUUCUACCUUGGGUCUUUGGAGGUCUAAACUCUGCAGUGAAAUCUUCAACAGCAGAAUGGAGAUCAUCUUUGGGUGUAGUUGAAGUUGGUAUUGGGACAUCAAAAUUAUUCAUAUAUGUGCGGAUUUGUCUGGCAAAUGGCAAACGACUUUCCGAUAGCUCUGGCUCUGAGACUAUAUUGGGAGGGUGCUCUAACCUGUGCAAGAGGUCUGCAAGCUUCUGA